AACCGAUAGCAAAGCGAUCAGAAAGCAAAUGCCAUCUCUAUAGGUCGGCUAAGAAAACACAGAAAAUUGAUGGAAAUCUCCAUAAACGUCUUUGUUUUCCUGCUCUACACCCUGGUCGUUAUCUACCUUCAGCAUUUCGUCAACAAGUAUACGGAGUUCGUGCGCAGACUCUAGAUGCUGGGCCUGCAGA